AUGGAUCCAUUCAACGUGAAGAGAGAUCAGCAGCAACCUCAAGGACAAGGAGCAGGUGUAGUACCAGCUCAACAGCAACAAGGAGGAGGAGUACUGACAGUACUAGCCCAGGGACAGCAACCAGAAGUUAAUGAACAAACCAAUGGACAACAAGGAGAGGAGGGACAAGAAGGACAACAAGAGGAAGGAGAUGAAUCACAAGAAGGACAGCAACAACAACAAGAAGAUGAAUCACAAGGACAGCAACAACGAGAAGAACAACCGCAACAAGGAGAAUCACAAGAAGGAUGGCAUAGAGAAGAAGGAGGAGAUAAUCGCAAAGAAGGCAGAGGACAAGAGGAAGAACAACAAGAUCCUGUCCAUGUACAUGUAGAAACAGAAACUGUUAGCAAAGCUGUGCCUUGUACUGAGACUAGCAUAGGCUAUACUGAUGUAAGAAAAAAUAUGAAAUAUUUUGGACUAAUUUAUUAUAACGAGAAAGGAGUAGAAGAUUUAGUGAUAUUCACUGCAGCUAAAGAAUUGGAGGCACUCACUCAAUUUGUUGAGCGGAAAUACUCUGAAGCUGAGAUUGGACCAAAUAUUUCCUUUCGUUUUAAGUUUCCUUAUGAACGUUAUAUUGAAUUAAACUUUAAUGCACAUCAGGAUGAACCAACUACAGGCUGGAUAGUUCAACCACACACUAAACCUAGCAGACUAUAUCAAGAGGACAUUGAUAAAUUUGGUGAUAAAGAAUAUUGUUAUCCUUCAUGUUGCCUUAUAUCAGUUUAUGGAUCACCUGAUGCUGUCCCUUUUCUUAAUUACUCUGUACCACUAGUAGGAGUGGUUAACCCAGUUACAUUAAUCAUUCAUAGGGCACGAAGAAAUCCUCCUCCUCCUUCAACAAAUCCUACUACCUCCUCCUCUAAUGUAGUACCUGGUUCAACAUCAGUAUCAUCCACUGGAGGAGCUACUACUGUUGAUGUCAAAAAAAUAAAGAAAGUGAUCAAUGAUGUUCUUCAAUCUCAUUAUGCUGAUUUUACUGCACUACCAAUGGAAGCUGUCCCUGAGCUUGCAAAUAAAUUAUUUACUCUUCGUUUAAUCAAUAAAGUUGUCAGAGAAAAUCCUUCAAUAGACAAAAUUAUUUCAGAGUUCCAGGCCAGUCUUACUUUCCAGAGGGAGUUGUCUCAAGUGGAGGAACACUGUCAAAAGUUCUUAAACUCAUUCGUCGAAGUUAGUGGCAGCUUUGCUUAUGCAGCAAUUGCUUUACACAAGGACUGGAUUGAAGCUAUUAGAAAUAAACUUGAAAAUAGUGAUUUUAAUAUUGUUAUCGAUGAAUGAUAUUGAUUUUUUUAAUGUUUAAACUUUAUUUCUUUCAUACCCACAC